AUGCAGAUGCUCACUAAACGAGCCUUGUUCGCCUGCCAGCCAUCACAACUGCGCCAGGCCCGAGUCGCCCCGCCAGCCCAGCUGGGCAAGCAACCGGCCGGCGCCCCCCCUUCCCUCCGGCCCACGCGCGCGCCAAGGCCCAGCUGGCCUGCUCGCCAUCCCACUCAGACCCGUGACCCAGCGCCUAACCCUAAGCUGCGCGCCCUAGCCCCUGGAGGACAGCCGCCGCCGCCUAGAGCGCGCACCGCGCUCAGCGAACCUUCCCUUUCCCCGGGCGCAGAUCCGGCUCUCCGCCGCCUCCUCCUGCUCCUCGCCGUUGUCGCCGCGUCCCUCCUCGCCGCCGACGCGCGGCCGUGCCACACCUUCCUCGUCGCCUUCCCCGCCGAUCCCAACCCCAACCCCAGCAGAGGCGACGGCGCCGUCCACCACCACCUCGGCAUCCCCCACGUCGCCACGGUCAUCACCGUCUUCCGCGUCCGCCGCCUCGGUCUACAGGUCCCCCACGGCCACCGCAACCACCACCUCCACUCCAUCCCCGCCAACGUCCAGAUCCACCGCCCUGAUCUCCCGCACCCCGCCGCGGGCGCGGCUGCGGCCGCCGGGCCCCAGGAGCGCGCCAGGGGCAUCCUCGUGGUCGUCGUCGGGCUCCUCUUCGGCAUCGCCUGCGGCGCGCUCUCCAUAGCACGACGUGCACGAGAAGUUGGAGGACAGAGAUCGACGGGAAGAGAAGAGAGCGGAGGUAGCUGAUGCUUGGAGCCGCUGUGCGUUUCGCCUAAACCGCGUAGGUGCUAUGGAGCUGCAGGCACGGUCUUCUGAUCUCGCUCGGCUCCUGUAUCCCUUCUCUCGUCUCAGAAGAGGGAAAAAAGGGGGGCUCCAGUGCAGCGGCCCUGGGAAUCGAACCUUGGUCACAACAUUGUGUGCGGUCGCGUGUGAGUGGGUGGAAGCAGGUGUGUAAGGUCGUGAUCAUACUUCUAAUCUAGGCCGUUAAAUCUGUAAGACAUGUGCUGUGAGUCGUUGAUCUUGGAGGUGGAAUUUGUCUAGAGAAGAUUUCAAUUACAGUAGAGAUGAGCAGUUGAGCACUCACGCUAAAGUAGAGAUUUCCGAACCCGACCUAAACAAGCUUCUCCAUCUAUAUCUCGGUUCCUUUUCUUUUUUUUUUAGUUGACUCUCUCCAUUUGAAUAUUUUAUUUAUUUACGGGCUACCAAAGUGCGUAACCACAAAACAAUUGGAUUUUCUGGGCAAGUACGAGUAACAAGUUUUCAGCGAUACAAUUGGGUCAUGAUCUGCAACCUCGAUAAAUGGCCGUUUUAGGUUCCCAGAAGGAAAGAAACCAUGCGGCACGUCAUUCAUCCGGAUAAAAACUACCCAAGCAUAUGAAUGUCAGAGUAAUAUUUUUAAUCUUAAGCUGUGUG